ACGACGUGAGCUGUCAGCUGUAAUAUUUUCUCUUUCUUUGUGUUUAUUAAUGAUUUAAAAAUGUUAUGAGUGCUAAAAACCCGCGAAUAUGGGUGCUAAAGACUCAAAACCUUGUUUUAUAUCUUACGAGGAUGCAGUGAAACGAGUGUCUGAUAGCGAGUUGAGGCGUAUUCGCGAAGCGUUCAAGAGAUGUGCCGGCGCGAACGGGACGGCCUUGAGCUUGGAGGCGUUUGUUCGCGAAGUUUUGAGCGACGGAGUGCCUUAUGAGGUCGCAGACUGGCUGUAUCAGGCCUGCGGUGGCACCAAGAGAGGAAUUGCCUUUAAGGAGCUGCUGUGUGGCAUCGUAGUCCUGACUAAAGGGAACAUAGAGGAGAAAAUCAAAUUUUUGUGGACAUUAUACGUGAACAAUCAGGGUGACAAUGGCACCUACAUUUACAAAUGGGACUUUGCCAGUGCCCUGCACAUGGAAAACAUAUCUUUACCCUUUACGGAAGCUCACCGUAGUGCUGAAAUACUUACUAGCCUGUUCGGACCAAACGAUAAAGUCACGUUUGAGCAGUUCCGUUCCUGGCUAUUGAUUCACAAGGACGCAACGGUCCUGUCAAAAUGGUUGCUGUCUGGGAAGGCCAAUGCGGUGCAGGAGCUGGACACACCAACAUUUUAUCAAAGCUUGGCUGGUGUCACACAUUUGGAGGAGAGGGACAUAAUCGAGCUAGAAAAAUGUUUCUGGUCUCUCCGCAACUCCGCGCCCACGGGCCAGCUGGACAUCGAGAGCCUCGCGCCCCUCCUGUCCCACCCGCUGCCCAAGGCGGCCGUUGCGGGCGUGUUCCUGGCUUUCGACGAGAACAGAGACGGCCACGUCGACUUCAAGGAGCUCUGCUGCGGGCUCAGCGCCGCCUGCAGGGGCCCGAGGACCGAGAGGCUAAAAUUCUGCUUUAAGAUCUUCGACCUAGACAGAGACGGCGUGCUGAACAAGAAGGAGCUGGUGGACAUGGCGGACAUACUCUGCACGGUCGCCAACGAACACCUCAAGAACCAGAGCUCGAGGGCCUCGACGCCUUCUGAUGAUGAUGUGGACAAGGGGUUUGACCCUGAGGUGGUCUUGCUGAAUUUGAGAGACAAACUGGUGACCAACGUGCCUAAGAAUGGAAAGAAGCCGGUGUUUCAGCUCGGACCGGGAGACGCAGUUGAUGCUUCGAAGCAGAUACAGGACAAAACAGAAAAGAAAAUAGACAGUAUGGAUUUAAUAGCAGUAGACACUGCACUAACGCAAGAAGAUUUCCUGAUCUGGGCCGUAGAGAGCGCAGACAAUCUAGUAGCACCGUUUUUACAACUGUUGUUUGAAGUUUGCCAUAUUGUCCUCGGCUUGAGGCCGCAAUGUAAACAUCAGGAGAGGGAUAUAGUGCUGGGCUGGCUGAGGCGCUCGGUGCAGCGCGGCUACUCCGUGGGCCAGUUCUGGUACCUGGUCGCGUCGGAGUGGUGGGCCGCGUGGGCCGCGUGGGCCGCGCACGCGGCCGGCGCCGGCGACGCGCCCUGCUGCCGCGCGCGCCCCGACGACGCAGUCUGCGACGACUCCUUCACCACUACCAGCACAGAGUCCAUGGGGUCCCUGCUGUGGCGGGCGGAGACCGCGUCGCUGGGCUCGGCCAGCAGCGGCGUGGGCAGCGCCGGCGCCCGGCCGCGGCCGCCCGGGCCCAUCGACAACCGGGGGCUGCUGGCUCCCAACACACUCAAGGUCCGCACGCUGACGGGCGAGGGCGGGCACCUGCGCCGCGACGUGACGCUGGCGCAGCACCGCGACUUCGAGCUGGUGCCCGACGCGCUGUGGCGCGCGCUGGCGCUGUGGUACGGCGGCGCCGAGCCCUUGCCGAGACAGGUGAUUCGACCACCCAAUUCAGACGUGGAAUUAGAACUUUAUCCCCUCAAUUUAAAAAUACUACGGCACGUCGCAGUACCGCAAAGAAUGAACUCAGUGUCAGCCGUGGGCGGAGUCUCCAUGUACUCCAGCGUGCCCAUGGCGCCGCCCGCGCCGCCCGCGCCGCCGGAGCGGCAGCUGGCCUACACGGCUGCCUUCUCCAGGCUGGCCACUGUCAAACAGGUGUCAGAAUUCCUCUGCCAAGCCCUGGGGCUGCAGCGCGAGGACGUGCGGCUGUGGUCGCUGGGCGCGCACGCCGUGCUGCUGGACGACGAGGGCUGGACGCUGGCCGAGCUGCGCUGCGACGAGAGGACCCGGCUGCUGCUGGAGGUCAGGAACGCGGACCUUACGUGGCCUGAGGAAAUUGGGGCGCUCAGUAUGAGCGGCGGAAAUCGUGCAAUGGAGCGACGAGAGACCCUCAUCCCGCCCAACCUGCCCGGCGCCACGGGCCUACAUAACCUGGGGAACACUUGCUACAUGAACGCAGCUUUACAGUCGGUAUGGAACACGGGCCCGCUCACUCGGUACUUCAACUCCGGGAUGCAUUUGUACGAAGUGAACACAACCAACCCGCUCGGGACGAAAGGUGCUUUGGCCGUGCGCUAUGGAGAAUUGUGUAAAGAGGUGUGGUCGUGCAGCGCGCGCUCGGUGGCUCCCCUGCGCGUGCGCUGGUGCGUGUCGCGCCACGCGCGCGCGCUGGCCGGCGGCGGACAGCACGACGCGCAGGAGCUGCUGGCCUGGCUGCUCGACGCUCUGCACGAGGACCUGAACAGGGCGGCGGCUAAACCGCUGCCUAUCAGGGACAGCGACGGGAGACCCGAUCAGGAAGUAGCGGCAGAAGCGUGGGCAGCUUACGCCGCGCGCAACGCGUCCAUCGUCACCGACCUGUUCUACGGACAGCUCAAGUCGCGAGUGCGCUGCGACGUCUGCUCCGCCGAGUCCACGCGCUUCGACGCCUUCAACAUGCUGAGCCUGCCUCUACCUGUCGAGCAGUCUUUAAGGGCACAAGUUAUAGUAAUGCUUCUGGACGGCUCGGUGCCCAUCAAAUACGGUGUUCUGGUGAAUUCGGAGGGCACCUACUUGGAUCUCAAGAAGAAACUCUCGGAGCUCUGCGGACUUGCUCCUGAAUCGAUGAUAAUAGUGGAACUAAACGGCGCGACGAUCGGUCGAGUUCUCGACGACAACGCUAAAAUCUUCGCAGCCACAGCGCUCGAGCUAUACGCGUACGAAACUCCUCGUGAAACUGGGGAGGAGGAAUGUGGCUGUGAUCAUCAACAAGUAACUCACUCACCCGAUGACAACGCCGAGAUCUUCGCAGCCACAGCGCUCGAGCUAUACGCGUACACUCUAGUAACUCACUCACCCGAUGACAACGCCGAGAUCUUCGCAGCCACAGCGCUCGAGCUAUACGCGUACGAAACUCCUCGUGAAACUGGGGAGGAGGAAUGUGGCUGUGAUCAUCAACAAGGUACUCUAGUUACUCACUCACCCAAUGAAAACGCCAAGAUCUUCGCAGCCACAGCGCUCGAGCUAUACGCGUACGAAACUCCUCGUGAAACUGGGGAGGAGGAAUGUGGCUGUGAUCAUCAACAAGAGUCCCCGGACAGGCCGGGCGCGGCGCGGGCCGAGGUGAGUGCGCGCGCGCCUAACACUUCCUCACUCUGCAUGCCCGCACUCUUCUGCUUCAAGCGCUCGAAAUCCGAAAUCGUCAUGUCUCAAAGCCCUCCGAACACCUUCUACAAGUACACCGAUAACGAAGAUUACCGAACCCUACCGAAGAGUGACAAGAACGGCAACAGCUCUCCGACUCUUUCUGUCAAGAGUUUGAACUUGAAGGCCAGUCCGAGACUGGGCAAGGUCAAGUUCGGCUCGUCCCCCUCUAACAUGAACAAGAUGAACGAGAUGCAAGAAAGUCCGGCGCCUCGUAGGAUACAGUACUUAGUGGCGGUGCAUCGGAAACAAACCCGCUUGGACGCGUACUUCCUCCCGGCGCAGCGCAGCAAGCCGGCGCUGUUCGGCGUGCCCCUGCUGGUGGGCGUGGCGCACGGCAUGUCGGGGCGCAGCGUGUACGCGCAGGUGUGGGCGCAGGUGGCGCGCCUGCUCAGCGCGCGCCCCCGGGACGCUAGCAACCACGCCACCGACUGCGACGACAGCCUCGGCUACGAGUUCCCGUUCACGUUGCGCCUCGUGUCCGGCAGCGGCGCGUGGUGCGCGCUCUGCCCGUGGCCCGCGCUGUGCCGCGGCUGCGCUCUGCCCAGCGACGACGCGCCUUUAUGUACCUACGGUGAGUUAUACUACAGUUCACGUUGCGCCUCGUGGCCGGCAGCGGCGCGUGGGGCGCGCUCUGCCCGUGGCCCGCGCUGUGCCGCGGCUGCGCUCUGCCCAGCGACGACGCGCCUUUAUGUACCUACGGUGAGUUAUACUACAGUUCACGUGGCGCCUCGUGGCCGGCAGCGGCGCGUGGUGCGCGCUCUGCCCGUGGCCCGCGCUGUGCCGCGGCUGCGCUCUGCCCAGCGACGACGCGCCUUUAUGUACCUACGGUUUAUACUACAGUUCACGUUGCGCCUCGUGGCCGGCAGCGGCGCGUGGGGCGCGCUCUGCCCGUGGCCCGCGCUGUGCCGCGGCUGCGCUCUGCCCAGCGACGACGCGCCUUUAUGUACCUACGGAAACAACGCAUGCCCACAACGGUGCGCACAACAGCCACACAUCGACGCGGACACCCCCGACUCCAGCUCCCCCAUCGCCAGAGCCAAGCUACGGCAGAACACCGCAAGAGCGGGCGAAGACCAGGAAUCGUGUGAAGGCUCGCUUACCCGGCUGGACUUCAGCCUACUGCGGCAGCUACGCGGCCGACGCGGCGCACAGCUGGCUAUCGACUGGGACCCAACUGCGUUACAUCUACGGUAUCAGUCCACCCGAGAAAAGGCAUGGGUGAUCCAUCCCUCGGUCUCGGAAAGCAGCGCCCUAGCGGCCCGACCCGUGGACUUGGCCUCCUGUCUCCGAGCCUUCACCUCGCACGAGCGCCUCGAGCAGCGCUACCACUGUGCGAGAUGCAGGGCCGCCCAACCCGCCACUAAAGUGCUGCAGAUAUGGCGGCUGCCUCCUAUACUGAUAAUUCACCUGAAACGGUUCCAGUACGUGAACAACAAAUGGAUCAAAUCGCAGAAGGUGGUCAACUUCCCGUUCCAGGACUUUGAUCCAUCGCCAUACCUCGCAUCAGUUCCACAGGAAACCAUCGCGAGGCACAUGGAGAUUAAUAACAUCUACAGGCGGAGAUCGUCAAUGUUCGUGGACGUGGAAGACGCCAUCUCGGAAAGCGAGAGCGAGACUGAAAGCGAAGUCGAAGAGGCUGAACCCGCCACGCCCACGGUCAAGAGCAAAGACCCGCCUAAGUUGAGAGUAAAAAUCAACAAGCGAAGAGAGUCCUGCGAGGUCCGACGGCGGGAGCGCCUGGAGUCCACAAGUCUCCUAGCUACCCCCGUCACAGACGACAACCUGGUGGACUUCCACCAGCACCACCUCUCCGAGAGCCAGGACCCCUUCCAGCUCAAGUACCGGCUCUAUGCCGUCGUGUCGCACUCAGGGCAGAUGAGCGGCGGGCACUACGUGGCGUACGCGCGCAACCCUAGCGGCACGUGGCUGUGCUACAACGACUCCAUGUGCCGCGAGCUCGGCCCCCGCCCGCCCAUCGACCCCGCCAGCGCCUACCUGCUGUUCUACGAGCGCCAGGGCCUGGACUAUGAGAGGUACCUACCCGACAUCAAAGGCAAAGAGCCCAUCAUCAAAGACUCGGAGACUCUAGACCCCGACGAGAACGACUUGCGGAAGAUGUGCGUUAUAUCGUAAAUAUGUACGGUGUGCCGGUUGGUCGGUGAGUUCAUCAAUAAUUCAUGUACACGCAGCAAAACGUGCUAGGCGUCUUAAUUAAUUAAUUUAAUUUUUAUGUGUCUAUCCUCGUGCCGCCCACCAUACAAAAUUAUAUCUAAGGAAGCUUGAAUCAACUUGUAUUUUUAAUUGGGUUGAUUUUUAUUUGUUCGAAUAUUUUACGAGACAAAUGAAAUGCUACUUUGUUUUAAUGAAGCUUGACAUUCCAUCAAAAUGGAGUGUACAUCCUAGUGUACAUUGGGCGGCACGAGGCUAUGCAAUUUUGCAGUGUGAUAUACACCGUGUAACACGAGUAACUCGAGAGAUCUUAACAGUGUAUUCCUGACCACAUUUAAAGACUAAAAUAUCUCAUAAUUGUUUCUGGUAAUCGCCUAGUUUCAGAGUUAAUACCAAUUAAAAACAUCUUCGUAUUGUGACUUAGUGCAUAUUUGCAUAACGCAUUUUUGUUGGCGGUGAUGCCAUUAUAGGACAUAGUCUAAAUAACCUUAUUGAUAGAUGUCAAAAAGUGACAAGAAACACUUUUCAAAAACUAGUUUUCACGAUAAAAUUCAUUUUAAGUGCCAGAUUUUCCAAAAAAAACAUUCACUUUUUAUGUAAAAAUACAUUCAAAAAAUUGAAAUAAGUAUAAAAAAAAAUUUUUUUUCGCGAAUUUUGCAUAAAAUCAAGUAACAUUUAUAUAUUUUUUUUAUUGGCCUCGGAAGUGCAUGGUUAAAAUCUUUCGGUUUCCUCGUGUUACACCGUGUAUAGACAGUAGUUCAAAAUUCUACAUAUUAUAUUUCAAGUAGGCCUCAAGGGUCCUGUGACAUGAAAAAUAAAUAUUAACUUUCAUAUAUACAACAGCCAGUACCUGGGUAAUCAUUAGUACUUUAAUGUAUGUGCAGUUCUUUACAUCGAUAUGCAAAGGCCACACGUUUGUUGGAGAAUAACAUGAGCUGUUUAUGAACUUGCUGCUACCGCCAUCUACCAUAAUAUAAAGCAACUUAUUAGCGCUAAGAACUCAAAGCACUCGUGUUCUAGUGAAUCCAAGUGAAACACAACUAUUAUCUAAUCAUUAAUCAAUAUAAUUAUUAUAAUCUACAUAUUUUGACAGUUUGGUCCGCAAUAUAAAAAUCUAACUCAUACAGUCGCCAGAGCGACCAACGUGCUCACAUAUAUCUGAACACGCCUCUAUUAUCAAGGCGACGAGUGCGUGUUC